AUGAGCGCAACCGUCGAGUCGCACAAGCCGGUACACACCAUUGUCCUGGAUACUGGUGCCAUCAUCCGCAACCACCCUACCGUGUCGACCCUCCUCGCCCAGUCCGAGCAAAUCGUCACUGUCCCCGCCAUCAUCACCGAAAUCAGAGAUGCUGCCACCCGUACCCGCGUAGAGACGCAACUCAUGCCCUUCCUGACCAUUCGUUCGCCGAAUCCUGCCAGCAUCAAGUUUGUCACCGACUUUGCCCGCAAGACUGGUGAUCUGGAUGUCCUUUCCAAGCCUGAUAUUCAGAUUGUCGCACUGGCCUACGAGUUGGAAUGUGAGCGCAACGGUGGCGACUGGAGAUUGAGAAGAAACCCUGGGCAGAAGGGCAUGAAUGGCAAGCCUCCAGUCAAGGAGGACGUCAAGCCUGAGGACGAGACCAAGCAAGAGGAGGAUACAGAGAUCAAGCAGGAGGAGGCGAUUGCUGAGCAAAUCUCGGAAGAUCUGGCACAAACAAAGAUCGAGGAAGUCGAGAACGCCGCUGCCGAAGAGUCCGUCACCCAGCAACCCCAACCCACCGAGACUGCCCAAGAAGAAGCCGAAGACUCGGGCGAUGACUCGGAUGGUGGCUGGAUCACNCCCUCAAACCUCAAGAAGCAUCAAGAAAAGGAUUCGUCCGGCAGCACCGAGAGCACUCAAGCCGCUCAGAGUGUCCUGCAAGUCGCAACACUGACGACGGAUUUCGCCAUGCAAAACGUGCUUUUGCAAAUAAACCUCAACCUGCUCUCCCCGACCAUGCAGCGCGUGAAGCACCUCAAGACAUAUAUCCUGCGCUGCCACGCCUGUUUCUGCACAACCAAGGAAAUGAGCAAGCAAUUCUGCCCUAGAUGCGGAAGCCCCACCCUCACCAGAGUGGCCUGCAGCACAACCUCCAACGGAGAAUUCAAAUUGCACUUGAAGAAGAACAUGCAAUGGAACACUCGUGGCGACCGCUUCAGCAUUCCCAAACCGGUGCACGGAAGCGCGAACGGCAGGGUCCAAGGCGGAGGUAAAGGACACUGGGGUAACGAUUUGAUCCUCGCCGAAGACCAGAAGGAAUACACCAGACAUCACGACGUGGAGAAGAGAAGAAAGGAGAGAGAUCUGAUGGACGAGGAUUAUCUGCCUAGCAUCUUGACUGGAGAUCGCAACAGCAGAGCGGGUGGCAGGAUGAAGGUUGGUGGUGGUAGAAACGUCAACUCGAGGAAGCGCUAG